AGCACAGAAUUAGAUACGGACCGCCUAAUGGACCAUACAGACGCUCGAACAAAGUUGUGAUGAGAUAGUACGUGCAUCCCGUUAGUCAUGUCGCGACAUCCGUGUCGGAGUGUUACAUCCUUGAUCACAGCCACUAGGUGUUAGAUACAUCGCCAUCCUUCACGUAGCACUUCCCGUUACAAUGUGACUUAAUCACCCGAAUCAGAGUCGACACAUCAGUGAAGGAAGAUGGACAGGAAACGCCGCCCAAAGGGGGCAGAUAGAGGGAGAAAAAGAGACAGAUCUGGCCGCAGCUGCCCUCCUUCUCCACCUGGAAAUGGAGCGGGCAAUAGUGGCAGAUCUCACAGCAGAUGUCGUAGUUCUUCACGAAGAUCCCCCACAAGAUCCCCUACAAGAUCCCCCACAACACAGGGUACAACUACAACAGAUGGCGCCAUCACCACGGGUGCCGAUACAACCACACACACAUUAACUGGUACCUCCCCAAACACGAGUACAACCGUGGCCACAAGCAAACCAACCACCACGGGAAGACCCCCAGCUGAUGCCUCCCCUAAAAAUGGCCAUGUAGUAGGCGGAGCUGUUGGUGGUCUCGUCGGAGGUGUCGCCAUUACUGUUAUCCUCUUUCUACUCUGGCGUUUCUUCCGAGCUAAGAAAAGAAGAGGAGACCGACCGAAGGAAGGAGAGACAGAAAACCCUCACACAUACAUGGGAUUAAUUUACACCAACAACCCCAGCAGUUUGGUGAUGUCCACAGUCCCGGAUGUAAUCAUGGUGUCGCCAGCGCAACUCGCCCCCAAUGAGGCGGAAGCUGAGUAUAAUGUUAUUCAAGAGGAAGAAAAUUACCAGUUGGCAAAGAAGAUGGUUUCUGCCUCUAAGCAGGCAGAUUACGCAGAAAUCCCGGACACACAGAAGAGCGGUACAUCACAACCUGCUGCUGAAUAUUUUGUCCUGGAGGAAGAUGGCCACACAAGUGACGAUUUAAACAGACUAAGAAACGCUGCGACUCCGACUGGAGGAAAGGAUACAUACAACAGACUGGGAGACGACACUGCUUCGACACCGACUGAUAUGAAGGGUACAUACAACAGACUGGGAGACGACACUGCUUCGACGCCGACUGAUAUGAAGGGUACAUACAACAGACUGGGAGACGACACUGCUUCGACACCGACUGAUAUGAAGGGUACAUACAACAGACUGGGAGACGACACUGCUUCGACGCCGACUGAUAUGAAGGGUACAUACAACAGACUGGGAGACGACACUGCUUCGACGCCGACUGAUAUGAAGGGUACAUACAACAGACUGGGAGACGACACUGCUUCGACGCCGACUGAUAUGAAGGGUACAUACAACAGACUGGGAGACGACACUGCUUCGACGCCGACUGAUAUGAAGGGUACAUACAACAGACUGGGAGACGACACUGCUUCGACGCCGACUGAUGUAUAG